CAUGACACUGGUUAUAUGGCGGGUCAUUGCAAAGAGCCGCACAAGUAUGCUGCGAAAUUAGGUAACAUGAGCUGAAAAUUAUUGAGCAAUUGAGUGAGAAAUAAUCGUUUGGCAUUGGAGAUGAGGAGAUUUUGUGUGCGCAAUGGUAUUCCUUUUCUCUCUUUGUCUCCUAAUUCUCAUUCUCGUUUUACGGCAAUUUCAGUGAGAAUUUUUAGUAAUAAAUCCAUUUCUAAAUUUGAUUGUGGGUUUAACAUCAACUGUUUAGAUGAUGCUGUGAUUCUCUUUAAGCAAAUGGUUACAAUGAAGCCUCUUCCAUCAGUUGUUGAAUUUUCUAAAUUAUUUAAGACUAUGAUAAAUAUGAAGCAUUAUUCUGCUGUUGUUUCUCUUUUUGGAGAAAUGCAGAAAUUGGGUAUCCCAAACAAUGUAUUCAUCUUAAAUAUUGUCAUUAAUAGUUAUUGCUUGAUGCAUUGUGUUGAUUGUGCAUUUUCGGUGUUACCCAUUUACCUCAAGAAUGGUAUUCCGUUUACUGUUGUCACCUUUACCACCCUAUUAAGGGGAAUCUUUGCUGAAAAUAAGGUGAAAGAUGCUGUUGAAUUGUUCAAAAAGGUGGUGAGGGAGAAGAUUUGUGAGCCCGACACCGUCAUGUAUGCAACCGUCAUGAAUGGGCUUUGUAAAAGGGGUUAUACAGAGAAGACUUUAAGUUUGCUCCGGUUAAUGGAACAAGGGAACAACACUAAACCCAACAUAAAUAACUACAGCAUCAUUAUAGAUGCCCUUUGCAAAGAUGGGAACUUAGAUGUUGCUAUCAAUCUUAUGAAUGAGAUGAAGCAGAAAGAUAUUCCUCCAGACAUAGUUACAUAUAACUCAAUAAUUGAUGGUAUGUGUAAGCUUGGUGAAUGGGAAAAGUGUAAGACUUUCUUCUCUGAGAUGGUAAACCUUAAUAUUUAUCCAAAUGUUCAAACCUUCACCAUACUAACAGAUGGACUCUGCAAAGAAGGAAAAGUCGAAGCUGCCAUGGAAGUAAUGGGAUACAUGAUCGAAAAAGGUGUAGAGCCUAACGUAUUCACCUACAAUUCAAUAAUGGAUGGAUAUUGUUUGACUGGUCAACUUGAUGAAGCGAGGAGACUUUUUGAUUUCAUGAUAAAUAGGUGCAUUGAGCCUAACAUUAUUAGCUACAACAUACUAAUAAAUGGGUACUGUAAGAAAAAGAAAUUGCCUGAGGCCAUGCAAUUAUUUUGUGAAAUUUCUCAAAAGGGACCAAAGCCUAGUACUUCCACCUACAAUACUAUCUUGCAAGGUCUGCUUGGUGUCGGAAGAAUUGGAUCUGCUAAAAGUAUCUAUGCUGAGAUGCUAUCUGCAGGGUGUAUUCCUAAUUUGUACACUCAUGGCAUUUUGCUCAAUGGUUAUUUUAAGUAUGGACUUGUUGAAGAAGCGAUUUCACUCUUUAAUAAGUUGGAAAAAAAGGGAGAAAAUACUGAUAUUGGAUUUUACAAUGUUGUCAUUAAUGGAUUGUGCAAAAAUGGUAAACUUGACGAAGCUCAUGCUCUUUUUGAGAAGCUUUCUUCAAUGGGAUUGCUUCCGAAUGUGAAAACAUACACUGUAAUGAUAACUGGAUUUUGUUUACAAGGAUUAUUAGAUGAAGCUAAAUAUAUGCUUAUGAAAAUGGUGGGCAACAAUUGUUAUCCAAACAAUUUCACCUACAAUGUUAUGGUGCAAGGAUUCCUCAGGUGCAGCAGAAUUAGUGAAAUGACAAUUUUCAUGAAGGAAAUGACCGGAAGAGGCUUCUCAUUUGAUGCAUCUACAACUAAGUUAUUGAUAAACAUUAUAGGGGAUAAACCUUUAGUCCUUGACAUGAUACCCGAGCUUCACUUGAAAAAUAAGAAAAGCUGAUUGAUUGCACUUAAGAUGCUGCUUGAGAUUUUUAGGCAGGCCUAUUGAGGAGGUAAUUAAAUAUUUUGAGUUUUUUUCAGACUUCGUUUUCUUAGAAAUCAGAUGUUUCUUAAUAUGGGAAGAAAUGGUGACCAUAUUGAUUUUCCUAAAAAGUAGAAGUGAGUUUCCUUGUGUGUACACAUUAUAAGUCUGUUAAUAUCACUUUAAAUGCUAUUUAGUUAUCUUCAGGUAGUCUUUUUAUCGUUGUCUUCAAGUAUUAUCAGUUUCUAUAUAUUUUUUUUUAAUAGAUGAUGACUGUCUUUAACUUAAAAAUUGCUA